UACUUUGAAUUUCUUAAUUUUUUGUUCAAACUUUUAUUUCCUUCCUCUGCUCUUUUCUUGCAAAAACCCUAAUUUUACAACCAGCCCAGGAAAAAUUUUCUGACACCAACCAAGAUUUUGAAUUUUCCCACUUCAUCUCUGUAGCUCUGUCUCUGUUCUGCAAAGGCAGACAAUCCCCUACUAAGUUGAGAUAGUUCCUGGUGAAUAGAUUCUUGUAGCAGAGCUCUGUUGUACUCAUAUGAUCUUAGAAUAUUCCGGUCUGAUUCUUGCAUUACAAGAUUUUCAGACUAGUUGAAGUGGUUUUUGUAUGAUCUUUUUACAUUUUAUUUUCAUUGAAGUUUCUUGCUGAAAGGUGGGUUUUUUUUCCCCAGUUAUUCCGAGUGUUUGAGCUGAAAAAGGUUUGAGCUUUACCAGUUUAGUAAGCUCAGGUUUAAGAUUUUACAAUCUUUUGGAGGGUGUAAGGUUUUUACAGUUAUCUUGUUUUUUAGUAUAUGAAUGGAGGAAAAGGAAGGAUUAAAUGGUUCUGGGGUCACUGUAAAAGGUGAUGAAGCUCCUCAGAGCUUCAGAGUGGAGCCCCGGGUUGUAAAUCCUGACCUAUCACAAGCUGUCGGCUGUGCCUCCCUCACAGCCGCCACGGAGGUGAAGAAGAAGAGGGGAAGGCCAAGAAAGUAUGCAGCAGAUGGUUCUAUUGUGGCAUUGUCACCUAUGCCAAUAUCGGCUUCGAUUCCGCUUGCUGGUGAUUAUUCAGCUUGGAAGCACAGUUCAGGCCGAUCCUUUGACUCUUCCAAGAAAAAACAUAAAUUGGACUUUGAAAGUCCUGGGGGAACGAUGGCAUUCUCACUCGGUGCAAGUUUCAUACCCCAUGUGAUUACCGUUAAUGCUGGCGAGGAUGUUAACAUGAAGAUAAUAUCUUUUUCUCAACAAGGGUCCAGAGCCAUUUGCAUUCUGGCUGCAAACGGUACUAUCUCAAACGUUACGCUCCGUCAACCUAAUUCGUCUGGUGGUACUUUGACAUACGAGGGACGUUUUGAGAUAUUGUCUCUCAUGGGAUCAUUUAUGCCAAGUGAUAAUGGAUUGACGAAAAGCAGAUCAGGAGGGAUGAGCGUCUCUUUGGCUGGGCCCGAUGGCCGUGUGUUGGGGGGUGGACUUGCCGGCAUGCUAGUUGCAGCAGGCCCUGUUCAGGUGGUGAUUGGCAGUUUUCUCCCAGGGCACCAGCUGGAGCAAAAGCCCAAGAAACCAAAAUACGAGCGUACAAUAGCCUUCGGCCCUGUCCCAACCAACCCCGUAUCUGAAGAAAGAUAUGAAGCUGCCUACAGCGGACCAAAGCCAAAUCUUACAACCUCUACUUCAUUCCAUGGAGACAACAACAUGGCUUCUGCGAACUCCAUGCACCACUCCAAGACCUCAGAACCUAGAAGUAACGUUUCGUUGCCCGGAGAAGAUUCUCUAGAGCAAAGCCAUGAAAUAACAUGCUGAUUUUCUUACACGUGUUUGUAUCAUAGCUGUUUUU